AUGGAACUCAACAACGCCAGCAAGGCUCCAGAAGGCUCGAAAAAAAAGUCAACAUCUACAGGCGCGGCUCAAAGUGGUAGCGGAGAAACCAGCAAGAAGAAAAAGUCCAACAAGGCCAGAAAACAGAAAAAACCGACUACCCCAACACCAACCCCCAAGGCAAUUCCAAAACCUCCGACCAACUUGGGUUCUGCCACCAAAACUCCUGUGAAGCAGCGCGCCCGAUCCGCAACCCCAGCCUCCGCAUCGAAGAAAAGUCCGCUUCAAAUGGUGGAGCAAGACCACCCUGAAGGCUUUGAGCACACCAAGGAGGCAUUCUAUGUCCACAUCAAGGUGUUGUGGGGCUUGGUAAAGAAACAUGCCGUCCCCAACACCCCUUCACCCGAACAAUUGGCUACAUUUUACCAGCGAUUCUCAUCGACUGAACAGAUUCAAUCGGCCGUCACUGGAGGUCCAAACCUGGUUGCUCUCGAAACAAUCAACACCCUCAAAGAAGCUCGAGAGAAGCACAUGAAACUCGGCAAACACAUUGUGAACAUAUCCGACUUCCACGUUCGAUAUAUUCAUACCUUCUUGUUGCAACUCGGACUCUCUUCUUGGAACCCCAAUCUCAACGAGCAAGCCGACUCCUUGUACAACAAGGCCCACAAGAUCUGCGCCAUCAGGAGCUUUCGACAAAUGGUUGCAGGCGGGGCUUACCAAUACAUGAAUGUAAAUGCUAGAUACGUCAACAACUUCGAUAUUUUGAAACAAACUUACGAUCACUACGUCCACUAUGUUCUGGCCAAGAUAUUUGACAAGGAGAAGAAGGAGGAAGGCAAGCAUUUUCGUGACGAGGAGAGGAAGGUGCUUCAGACCGCCCGAGAAAGGCUCAAGGAAAAACGAUACAAGUUUGCGGUCAAUAACAACUUUCCAAAGCGAUGCCUCGACAUUAUCAAGUGUGUCCAGGCUCACAGCGAUGAUGAGUUUUACCCUUCAAAAUCGGUGUACACUGUCAAGAAGCUUCCAUUCUGA